CUGGGGAAAUAAGCCUCCUCCACAUGCCCACGGGGAAUGAAGCAGUGAGCGCACAUCCAGGGGGUCCCCCAUGCUGCCCAUCACGAGCGCGCAGGAAGCUCAGGUUUGCAGCGCAGCGCUGGAGUGCACCAGGGUUUCCUCCCUGCCUCCUUUCCAGGGUCGAGGUGCAGAGCAGAGACCGGUGGGUGAAGCUAUUUCUGCAGCGGUCUCUGCCACCUGCCCUUAUUUAACACAGAGGCCACUCUCUGCUCUCAUCCCAACCCCCAUGCUUGGCUGAGCUGAGCCGGGCUGCAGCCAAACGAGGCUCACGGGAGCCUUGGCACAUCCCCGUCGGGAGAGCUGCAUUUGAACAACUCGCACCCAGGAGCCAGCAAACAACUGUAACUGGGACAAAGCGGAGAGACACGGGGAGCCUCCCCCCAGCUCGUAGCUUGGAGGGACUUGUUUUAUAAGCAGGAUUCAAUUAUGUGUUUGCUGCCCAUAACAGCUUUCCCCAAUUGUAUUCCAGGGACCAGCAUCCAGGACUGAAUAGACUUGGAGGGGACAUUUCAGCUCCGUUCGUAAAUCAAAUCUCGCUUUCCUCAUUCCAUUUGGGGAGCCAGAGAAAAACUAGAAAGUAAUGAACAAAGCUUCCAGAUGCAAGGUUCGGCUUCCAGGCCUCGUGGAAAAUCAGCCUAUUCAUCCAGCGGAGACUGCCGUGGGAACCCUUUUGCCUGAACGCUUUGCCCCAGCAAAGCAGGAGCCGUCCAAGGAGCUGCGGCCUGUGAUUGGGACGAUAACCGUGGGGCUCCUGCUGUUCAUUGCGCCGGUGGUGGCGUGGUGCUACUACACGGCGUCGCUCAGGAAGGCGGAGCAGCUGAAGACGGAGCUGAUGGACUUGAGGAAGGACGGCUUCAUCAUCAAGAACCAGGACGGGGAGGUGGUCUUCAGACUGGCCUUCCAGUCGGGCGCCCUCGACCUGGAGUCCUGCUCCAAGGAAGGGGAGAUCUUAACCUGCACCCGGUCGGACAAGGGGAAGCUGAACUUCUUCAUCCAGACCGUCAAGCCCAAGGACACGGUGAUGUGCUACCGCGUGCGCUGGGAGGAGUUCGUGGCCGACACGGUGGUGGAGCACACCAUGUUCUGGGAGGACGCGCACUGGUACGGGGGCUGCGAGAUGAGCGUGCAGCACUGGCCCAUCCGGCUCCCGGGCUACCAGGAGCCCACGCCCUUCGUGACGAGCGACGUGUACUCCUUCCGGGACAGCUUCGGGGGCAUCCUGGAGCGGUACUGGCUGUCCUCGAAGGCGGCCGCCAUCAAGAUCAACGACUCGGUGCCCUUCCACCUGGGGUUCAACGCCACCGAAUGGUCCCUUUUCUUCCAGGCCCGCUACAAGGACUCCCCCUACAAGCCUCCCCUGGGGCAGCAGCCCUUCCCGGAGCUGAGCUACAGGGUGUGCGUCGGCUCGGACGUGACCUCCAUUCACAAGUACAUGGUGCGGAGGUAUUUCAACAAGCCCUCCAAGAUCCCGUCGGAAAACGCCUUCCGCUACCCGAUCUGGUCCACCUGGGCCCUGUACAAAAACGACAUCGACCAGGACAAGGUUCUUGAUUUUGCAGGAAAGAUCAAAGCGCACGGGUUCACAUGCAGCCAUAUCGAAAUCGAUGACAUGUACACGCAGGCUUACGGCGAUUUCGACUUCGACCCGGGGAAGUUCCCUAACGUGACGGGCAUGUUCCGAAAACUGAAGGAAGACGGAGUUAAAGUUACGCUCUGGAUUCAUCCCUUUGUACACAAAGAGUCCGCCAACUUUGGCGUGGGGAUAGAGAGGCAGCUGUUCAUCAAGGAGCCGACAGGGAGACUCCCCGCCAUGGUGGAGUGGUGGAACGGCAUCGGGGCCAUCCUGGACUUCACCAACCCAGCGGCCAGGGAGUGGUUUCAGAGCCACCUGCGGCAGCUGCGCUCAAAGUACGGCAUCUCCUCCUUUAAGUUCGAUGCCGGAGAGACGAGCUACCUCCCCAAGCAGUUCAGCACCUUCCGGCCCUUGUCGGACCCCAGCAUCUGGUCCCGCCGGUACACCGAAAUGGCCAUCCCCUUCUACGAGCUGGCCGAGGUUCGUGUCGGCUACCAGUCCCAGAACAUAUCGUGCUUCUUCCGCAUCAUCGACCGCGACUCGGUGUGGGGCUACGAGCUCGGCCUCAAGUCCCUCAUCCCGACCGUGCUCACCAUCGGCAUGCUGGGGUAUCCCUUCAUUCUCCCGGACAUGAUCGGGGGGAAUUUCCUCCCGAACAAGACAGGAGGAGCGGUUGAAAUCCCCGACCGGGAGCUGUACAUCCGCUGGCUGGAGCUGUCGGCCUUCAUGCCCUCCAUGCAGUUCUCCAUCCCGCCCUGGCUCUACGACAAGGAGGUGAUCGAGAUUGCGCAGAGGUUCACGGAGCUGCACGAGUCCCUGGUCGCCCCUCUGCUGCUGGAGCUGGCCGGGGAGAUCACGGACACGGGGGACCCCAUCAUCCGGCCCAUCUGGUGGAUUUCCCCGAGCGACGAAUCCGCCCACAAAAUCGACUCCCAGUUCCUCAUCGGGGACACGCUCAUGGUGGCCCCAGUGCUGGAGCUGGGGAAGCAAGAGCGCGACGUGUACCUCCCCGCCGGGAAGUGGCGCAGUUACAAAGGGGAGCUGUUUGAGAAGACCCCGGUCCUGCUGACGGACUACCCGGUCGACCUGGAUGAAGUUGCUUAUUUCCUCUGGGUGUCUUAACGGGCUCCCCUUCGGCUUCAAGCUUUGCAAAGGCUAAUGAACUUUAUAACCAAGGAAGCGUUUUAUGUCCUGAGAUCAAUACCCCAUGCUAUGAUAUUAUGGAUAGCAAUAACCAUUGCACAGAGCAAUUUCUCAAUGGUAAUAAUCGGGGCACGCCGCAAUCUUUUUAUAAGCAUUUUGACACUUAAAAUGUCCCUUUCUAAAGCUUGAGCAUCUCGGUCUUGGUAUCGUGUAUAUGUACAGCAUAAAGAAAGCACAGAUUCUGCUCGCUAUGCUCUCCUCAGACAGCAAUGACUGACAGUGUUUUUCUUUAAAGGACAUUGUGUGGGUUGGUCGGUGACUCCAUCACCCUGCUGAUUCAAUUUUAUUUUUUUGUAAUAUAAAGUGGCUUUGCUCUCGGUGCUGGCAUUGCUUACAGCAGAAUAAUUUUUAAGCAUGAUUCAUGUGAUACUCCUGCAGAGACAGAGGCUCCUGCCACCAGCUCAUGUGACAGGUUUGCAAAAGGUAGCAGAGCAGUGGCUGCAAACGCAAUGAUCUCAGCACGGGGAAGUUAAGGUUGACAUCAGUCUCAAACAUCUUGCUGAGGGAGAUUACUGACUGAUCUACCUACAGAAACCCAGCAAGCCUAUCUCUGGUGCCAAUUUGUAUACCCAUGUAAUCCACGCCUGCAUUUUAUUGACUUCGAAGAUUUAAUCCCCAAACCAGUGGGAUGGAAGGACGUGCUUGAAUCUUGUGCAGACUCCGAGUUCACGGAUUUCAUUUCUUAUAUGACACAGGCACGAUUUUGGGGACCACAAUACCAUUCCUCAGGCCUCUGAGACAAGCAGGCACAGCUGAGCUGAACAGCAAAUUGGACAAAAACUUGUUAAGCAGGGUCAUUAUCAUCUGUAAAGAGCAGGGGUUAGCAAGUAUCAGGAAGAUUAUAAAGGACCGUGAAGUCAUUAUCUAUGUUAAGUCCCUGGUGCUUCGAGUCCAAUAAACUGGUCUGCUUGGGGGCAGAUGCCAAAACAAGGAGCAAUGGGCUCAAGCUGCAGCAAGGGAAGUUGAGGUUGGAUAUUAGGAAAAACUCGCUCAGGAGGAGGGUGGUGAAGCACUGGACCAGGCUCCCCAGAGAGGUGGGGGAGUCUCCAUCCUUGGAGGUGUUGAAGCCCCGGGUAGACAAAGUGCCCGCAUACAUGCACGUGCAUGCCCCAGCCCAGCAGGUCCAUCCGUGGGGGAGGGAAGGGAUGGGCGCUAGAUCGAGGCCCCCGCGGUGAGGGGCAGUGCUGCACAGGCAGGAGCAGGGGUAAGUUGAGUGGGGCCCCGGCUGGGUGGGACUUACCUGCUGGGGAGGUGCGCCCCCAAAUAGUUUUUUCUCGAUCUUCUCCCCCCUUCUCUCCCCACAGACUUACCUGCUGGGCGGCAAGGGUAGAUCUUGGGUUGCUUUUCCAUGCCAAAGGUGAUCUCCCACUUAAAAAGGUUGGAGACCGCUGGUGUAUACGAUCUGUAUAGCCUGAGGGUUUUGCUGCAGGGACUGAUUGUUGUGGCAGGUCUUGCACUUCUAGCUGAGCUAGGGAUGGGUCCCAUUCAGUGCCUGGUGUUCAGCAGGGAGUUUACUUCUGAUGAGUUGGGCAAGGUUAAGGGGCUCUUGGAGGGUCACGAAUUGCGGGGUGGGAGUGAUUGUGGGUUUGGUGGAUGUACGUGCCCUGUUCUUCAUACCCUGGGCUGGAGCAGGACCAGAGCUGGGGUCCGAGCUGCGAUGGGAAGGGAAAGCAGAGGCUGCGGCGCAGGGGCAGGUGGCAGAGAGAGCAGCGUCUGCAGCUCAACCUCCAGCCCCAAACCAGAGCCACAGUCACAGCCUCCCAUCACACCUCUUGUAGUCGAAUGCAAGACAGGCGGCUUUUUCCCCGUGUUGAAUACUGGUGUGGGAUCCUCUCCUAAUUCUUCAUAGUAGUUGGUGUCUGAGAGUUGUCUGGUAGCCUCACCGAUGUAGUCUCCAUGGCUGAGGAUGACAAUAGCUCCUCCAUUGCCUGCUGGUUGGAUUGCUACUUCAUGGCUGGAUAUUAGGGACUGCAUGGCUUUUUUCUCUGACAGAUGGUCCAGAAAGGGAAGUGAGGUAAAGAGAUAGAAAGGGUACCAGUUUUAUAGGUAUUUAGGCACCUAAUAGAGGAAGGUGCCCAAUGGUACGGUCAGAUGUUUCGGGCUUUGUCUGAGGUGUGUCCCCUGGCAGGGAUCCUGAUCGUGACCUCAGGACCCAAACCAGACAAGAAGUUUGUCAUCCCCACCCUUUUGUACAGGUGGGAUACUUGGAUGACAUAUCAGCAACACUUAAAAGCAACACUUUAAGCAACACUUAAAAUUGUGAUUGUCACCAUCAGUGAUUUCCUUGGAAAUUGUGUUAAUUAGAGGGACAAAAGAGCAAGCACUGGCUCCAGCAAACACCACCAGCAUCAAAGCCAGGUUUAUAUGGCACCAGCUCCACUGGACGGGACAUGUCCCAAGGAUGCCUGCCCACCUGCUCCUGAAACACGUCCCAUACUCCCAACUCACUGGUGGCCGCUGCUCUAGAGGUGGGCAAAAAAAGAGACCCAAAGACACCUUGCAGGCCAGUCUGAAGAAAUGCAAUGUUCAUAGGAGUGCCUGGGACCCCGAGCACUGAAGUGUCCCCAGCGGUCCCAUGGUGUACGAUAAGGCAUCCAUCACUUUUAGGACCUCAUCUUGCCUCAUCUUGGCGGCAGAUAGAUGAGAGAAACCAAGGGCAAGAGCUGACCCGACAUCGCCAAGACCCACUCCUUCCUCCUGGAGCUAUUCAUCACAUCUCAGUCAUGCAGAUCUCGGAUCGGCUCUGAACCUCAAGAUACCGGCUCUUCUGGUCACCUCCACAACCGCUGUCACAACCAAAUUAAGUAGUGCCCAUGUCACAAACAAAUAAUAACCAUUUAAAACAGUUUUUUCUGCACUAGGUUAACUAAGGAUUAACAAUAAUGAUAGUAACCCCUUUUUUCUGCGCAUGUCAAAAAGAAAUUUAUUGCUGCGCCACUAACAGAGAUAAAAACUUUUGCCUUCUUUGCUUUAUAUAAAUCAUUAUAAUUGGUCAAAGAAAACAAGGAGUAACCCUGUGAAAAUAACUCCCUAGCAAAGACCGCUAGAUAAUUGGCGAUUCUAAUUAAAUUUAUGACGUGGCGAAAAACAAUUGGCUAUCAUACAAACAAAACCCGCUUACAUUUUUUGCAAAGUCGAAGACAACUCUGCCAAACCUUGGAGUAAAUCUGACAAAUUGAUCAGUUGUCAGCGUCUUCCCGCCACGACCUCCCUGGCGUACCCUUGCCCCACAUGCCCGAUAAGCUGACCGCUGGCCCGUGUAUAUAUAUAUCUGCAGAAUGACUGAACGACGAUCUCUAAGCUGUAACUAACUAAGUAUCUCUGACCUCCGUCUUACACCACCUUGAUGUAAAUAAAUCAUCUUGCUUUGCAACUGAUAA